CCCCCGCCGCCGCCCGGAGAGAGAUCGCCGCCUGGAGCCGGCCCGCGGCCUGGGGUCGCCACCAGCCGAGAGGUUUUAGUUCCUGGACUGCUUUUAUAAAUGGAGGGAUGAUGGACAUGGAUUAAAGCCUUUAAAGAGGACUCUUCUUCACUGCAGCUACAGAAGAACCUCCAAGCCUCCCAUCAACCAGAGACCCUAGUCCUGAAGAGAGGGAAAUACGGAUAAAGUCGAAGAGGCGGAAACCUUAGCUUGAGAUUUUUUUUUUUUUUUCAAUGGUGAAGAGCCGACGUCAGAAGACAUUCCCUUCACCUCCGGAAGCCCUUUGCUGACAAAUCGGCCUCGAAAACCUACCGUAUUCUGUGGAGUACAAAACAUAUCGGGAUCCCGUGUGGUUUUGUUUAUUUUAAAGAUUACCUGACUUCUUGGGUCUAGAGGACAUCACCCCUAACCACACUCACACACACACACACACGCACACCCUUCCCUCCCAAUUCUCUUCUCCCCGCUCCGGACCCCGCUUCACACAUGCAUAUAUAGAUAGAUAUUUUAGCAGGUGUCGGAGUCAGCACAUUAAGUUUGAGGUUUUAAAGAGUUGGGUGUUUGUGGAAGUUUCUCACUUAAAUUCUCCCGACUGGAAAGCAUCUCUGCACACCUCGUUCCGUACCUCCCCGGUGACUACUUCCCAGGCCACCAGGCCCGCCGCUCCGUUUGCCGGCCAUGACCUCGCUAGCCGUGGCCCGGCGAUGAGCGGUGUGGGCGGACCCCCGGCGAACCCUCCCGUAAUGUCACUGGCGGCGGCGGCGUAGUGCCACUCACCCAAGGGAGUUUAAUGAGGUGAACGUGGUUGCGACUCUCCCCCUUCCCCCCCCUUUUUUUUUAAAUGUAAGCAGAUAGUUUUUUAUGUGUUUUCCCCCGACCCCCUCUCCCCCUCCCCCUUUUUUUUUUUUAAUACCACGAGGCUCAAGGGUAGAUUAAGAUGAGCGACUAAGGGGGGGGCCGAGUCGGCACGGAGCGUGGGCUGCUUGUGCCUCCCCUCAAAACGUGCUGCGGCCCUGCAGCCGGACCCCCGGGACCCGGUCAUCCCCCGCUGGGCCAAGCACAAAGGAAGCGGAGGAACGGGACCACAGAGGUGACUCUCUGGGGCUCCUGGCCAUGAGGUUUGAUGCCUCUGCGGAAGAGAGACACUGGACCUAAAUGGCGCAGCAUGACUUUGUUCCUGCUUGGCUUAAUUUCUCAACGCCACAGUCAGCUAAGUCCCCUGCAGCCACCUUCGAAAAACACGGCGAGCACCUUCCCCGGGGAGAGGGUCGGUUUGGAGUGAGCCGCCGGCGACACAACUCUUCCGAUGGGUUUUUUAACAAUGGGCCUCUACGGACCUCAGGAGAUUCGUGGCACCAACCAUCCCUUCUCCGCCAUGACUCCGUGGACUCCGGCGUCUCCAAGGGCACCCACCUCGGACUCUCCGGAAACCAGUCGGGCUGGCACGGCUCCUCCCGGGGCCAUGACGGCAUGAGCCAGCGCGGGGGCGCGGGGAGCCAUCGCCACUGGAAUGGCAGCUUCCACUCCCGGAAGGGCUCUGCCUUUCAGGAGAAGCCAACGGCCGAGACCAGGGAAGAGAAGAAGGAAGAGAAGGCAGAAAAGCUCCAGUUUGAAGAAGAAGACUUUCCAUCUCUGAAUCCAGAAGCUGCGAGACAGAAUCACCAGAGCAGACCCAUAGGAACACCUUCUGGAGUGUGGGAAAACCCUCCUAGUGCCAAGCAACCUACCAAGAUGCUGGUCAUCAAAAAGGUUUCAAAAGAGGACCCUGCCGCCGCCUUCUCUGCUGCAUUCACCUCUCCGGGACUUCACCUUGCAAACGGGAACAAGCCCACCACCAUCGUCCCAAGCGUCUAUAAAAACCUGGUUCCCAAGCCAGCGGCACCACCUACCAAGCCCAGUCCGUGGAAAUCCAACAGAAGCGAACACAAACCGGGAUCCCUGUCCUCCAGCCGUGAUUCUGCCUUUACCAGUCCGGUCUCUGUAACCAAACCAGUGGUUCUGGCAAGUGGCUCAGUCCUCACCUCUCCCAAAGAGAGUCCCUCCAGCACCACUCCUCCCAUUGAGAUCAGCUCCUCCCGCCUGACCAAGCUGACCCGCCGCACCACCGACAAGAAGAGUGAGUUCCUGAAGGCACUGAAGGAUGAGAGGAACGGGGAGAUCCUGGAGAACCGAGAGUGUGACAAGCUGGAGGAUAUGGAGGGGGUCAGCACGCCAGAACCAAAGGAAAACGGGGAAGAGAGCUGCCAUCAAAACGGCCUCUCCCUCCCUCUGAUGGAGGAAGGAGAAGGCCUUUCUCAUUCACUGGAAGCAGAACACAGGCUGUUGAAAGCAAUGGGGUGGCAGGAGUACCCAGAAAAUGAUGAGAACUGCCUUCCCUUGACCGAAGAUGAGCUCAAAGAGUUCCAGAUGAAGUCAGAGCAGCUAAGACGGAAUGGCUUCGGGAGGAACGGAUUCCUGCAGCCCCGCUGCGCCGGCCUGUUCUCCCCUUGGAGAAGCACUUUCAAACCAGGCUUGGAGGACUCGGACACAGAGACCAGUAGCAGCGAAACUUCAGACGACGAGGCCUGAGGACAGGCGUCCAGACUCCACACGGCAAAACCCAGCCCAAUGAAAGUCAAAUCAGCCGUCAGCGCGCGUCAGGGGAUUGUCUGAACGACACCGAGUUGUUUGUGGUCGUUUGUUUUUCUGGGUUUUUUUUUUCCCCCUUUUUCCUCCUUUCGUUGUUGAAUCCUUCGUGCACAAGGGAAGUGAUCGUAUCCCAAAGAAGAGAGAAUUUGGUUUGUUUUUGCCUUUUUUGUUGUUGUUGUUAUUCCCUGGUCUAUGCUUAAUAGAGAGAAAUCUGUGCAGCUAGGAGGUCUGUGACAAAAAGCUAUAUAUGUGUAUAUAUACAUCUGUGUGUGCGUUUGUGUGUGUGUAUACAUAUAUAUAUACAUGUAUAUAUAUAUAUGUAUAGGGCAACGCCCAUGUCCAAGCUGGCAGAGGAGAUGGAGGGAGCGGCAAGCUUCUAAAAUAAAACGUCCCGGGCAGUGAACCCAGAAGCUCAGCGACGUGCUAAACAAUCAUUGUCAAUGACAAGAUGACUAUUGAAGUUAUAAUUGUGUUAAAUUAAUGCUAAUAACAUGGAAUUUUUUUAUUUUAUUUUUUGGCGGCUCGGGUAGCUUCACCACUUUAACCAGGCGUCGUGGUUUCUCUUUUUUUUUUUUUUUUUCCUUUUUUUGGGUACAGCUGUAAAAUAUUUGGAUAUAGGAAUUGUUUGUGUUCUCGCAGCCUUGAUAUUCAGGGUGGAUUGUAAAAUAUAAAAUUUUUGUGAGAUUUCAAAGAUUAAGAUUAUUUUGAUAACAUUAUUUACAGAUUUUAAAAAGUGGUUAUCACAUGAGUCUGUAUGAGGGGGAAAACUACUGCAUCAAAAAUAACUAACUUGGAAUAAAUAUUUUGCAUCAGUUUGCCAA